AUGGAGUGCAGGCCUUUGGAUAUCACACUGAAUUUGGCCAAGGACUUGAAGGACUUCAAUCUUUUCUCCAAGAUGGACCUGUACGCCGUCUUUUUGAUCCACGGCGACUACUUCAACAACAACGCCAAUCAGCAGAGGACGCACAUCAACAAGGACUGCGGCCCGAACCCCAAGUGGAAUUUCCCCAUGAAAUUCACCGUAGACGUCAGCGCAAUAGAGCAGAACCGCCUCACGCUCGUUGUGAAGAUCAAGGCGGAGAAGAAACUCGCUGGCGACAAAGAAGUCGGCGAAGCCCACAUGCCCAUCAAAGAGCUCCUCGAGAGCUACGGCGAAGAAAUGAAGGACGAGAGACGCGCGAGCUACAGCGUCAAAACCUAG